GAGAGCAGCCGUUCCGCUCUCUAGCAGCAUACGGAGCCUCCAAGGCAGCUCUCAACCUGUUCAUCAACACACUGCGCCACGAAAUGGAACCCUGGGGGGUCAAACUGGAACCCUGUGGGGUCAAAGUGUCCACCAUACUGCCAUCCUCAUACAAGACAGGUCAGUCCAGUAACCAGGAGUACUGGGAGCGUCAGUACAAGAGCCUGAUCCACAACCUGUCCGCAGGCCUGCUGGAGGAGUACGGGGAGGACUACAUCCACGAGACCAAGGAGCUCUUCCAGCGCUUCGCCCAGUCGGCUAACGAGGACCUGUCGCCGGUCAUCAACACCAUCAGCGAGGCGCUGCUCUCCCCCCGGCCUCUGGUCCGAUACUACGCUGGACCCGGCGUGGGCCUCAUGAACUUUGUUUAUAGUUAUUUCCCUCUGAGUCUCUCAGACAAGUUCCUCCAGAGACUAUUUGUCCAGAAGAAGAUCAUCCCACGAGCGCUGAGGAAAGAGAACAACAUCAACAACAUCAACAUCAACAACAACAACAACGACGAGAAGAUAGAGAAGUAAAAACAGCGAGAUGUUUGUUUGGAGGUUUAAUAAAAAGUGGAAGCUGUGAGACCACUUCCGUCAGGUAAAACACGCUCAUAGUGUGGGUGGUCUACUUCUGUUUGAAUAUUGUGGUUUAACGUUGGUGUUCAUGAUGAAGGGCUCAUUAUAUUGAUGUUUAUAUUGACGAAGGGGUCGUUGAAGAUGUAUUUGAGUGGCUUCCCCUCACCGGUAGACGGCAGACACCAACAUAGCUGGCACACAGAGACAUAUAUUUAAAGAGUUUGGCCCAACUUUUUGGAAACGGACGACAUGUUAACAUGCUGUAUGGUUUUGCUGGCACCAACACGGCUGGCACCAACACGGCUGGCACCAACACGGCUGGCACCACAGAGCUCUGGAAAUACACCAGUCUGUCACAUCACCUGGAAAUACACCAGUCUGUCACAUCACCUGGAAAUACACCAGUCUGUCACAUCACCUGGAAACACACCAGUCUGUCACAUCACCUGGAAACACACCAGUCUGUCACAUCACCUGGAAACACACCAGUCUGUCACAUCACCACAGAGGUCUGGAUUCAAGGACCUUAUAGAUGUUCGAUUAUGUUUGCUGAUGUUGUUUUUAAUUUGAACAGUUCGUCGUUGUGCGUCUCUUUGUAUUGUGUUUUUCACUCCACUGAAGGUUCUUCUUCAAUCAGAGUAGCGAUGCCAGUUCUUUUUCAUGAAUCACUGAAACUGUGAAUUUUACUAUAAAAAAAUAUUCUUAAAAAUAUUGUUAAAAAAAAAAUGUACUUUUUUUUCACCCAUUGUUCACCAAACUUUGGUAAUAUUAAAAGUUGACUUUUUAAAAAUCG